AAAGGAAAUGCAGCAUCUGUGUCUGCAUGUCAGCAAGUCACACGCACGUCCCAGCUGCUGAUUUCUCCAGUAACCUUAUUACAAGGAAUUCAAGGUGCUGAUUUGGAAUCAACAAAAUAUCUUACUUCACUGACCUAAAGCAGACACGGAAUCCAGGCCUCUUAAGGGGAACCACAAGUGACUUUGAUCCACUGUACUUCCCCUUCCCAAAAUCUAAAUGUCAUGGCUGUGCUGCUAGCCCCUAUGCAGCUGCUGGCAGUGGCUGUAACAGUUUACCUAGAGCUAGUGAGAUCCAUUCAAGGGGGCGUCUAUUAUGGGAUCAAGCAGCUGCCACCCCAUAUCUCACAAUAUCAGGCCCUUGGACAACAAGUACCUCACAUGCCACUGGGCAAAGAAGGCAUUCCAAUGCAGCAUAUGGGCAAGGAGGUGCCACACAUGCAAUAUGGAAAAGAAUACCCUCAUCUGCCUCAGUACAUGAAAGAAAUCCCACAGCUGCCUAUGCUCGGCAAGGAGAUGGUGCCAAAAAAAGAGAAAGAAAUUCCAUUAGCCAGUUUGAGAGGUGAGCAAGGUCCCCCUGGUGAGCCUGGACCAAGAGGGCCACCCGGGGCCCCAGGAUUACCAGGUCACGGAGUGCCAGGAGCCAAAGGAAAACCAGGUCCACAAGGAUAUCCAGGAAUAGGCAAACCAGGUAUGCCUGGAAUGCCUGGAAAACCAGGAGCAAUGGGGCUCCCUGGGUCAAGAGGUGAGAUGGGACCAAAGGGAGAGAUUGGGCCUAUGGGAAUACCAGGGCCACAGGGACCACCAGGGCCUCCUGGACUGCCUGGAAUAGGAAAACCAGGUGUUCAAGGAUUACCAGGACAACCAGGAGUAAAGGGUGAACCGGGAAUGAAAGGACCACCAGGACUCCCGGGCCUUCAAGGGCCUAAAGGAGAAAAAGGCAUUGGGAUUCCAGGUUUACCAGGGUUAAAAGGUCCACCUGGGUUACCUGGCCCUCCAGGUCCAGUUGGACUUCCAGGGAUAGGCAAACCAGGAAUGAUUGGGUUUCCAGGACCACAGGGACCUAUAGGUAAACCGGGACUUCCAGGUGAACAAGGGCCACAAGGUCUUCUUGGGGCACCUGGGAUUCAAGGUCCACCUGGCCUUCCAGGUGUUGGAAAACCAGGUCAAGAUGGAAUCCCAGGCCAGCCUGGAUUCCCAGGUGGAAAGGGGGAACAAGGCUUGCCGGGUUUACCAGGGCCCCCAGGCCUACCAGGGAUUGGGAAACCAGGAUUCCCUGGGCCUAAAGGUGAUCGUGGCAUGGGUGGGUUCCCUGGAGCACUGGGGCCUAAAGGUGAGAAAGGGCACAUGGGUCCUCCUGGCAUGGGCGGGCCUCCUGGGGAGCCAGGUCAACCAGGAUUACCAGGAGUAAUGGGGCCAUCUGGUGCUGUUGGUUUCCCAGGACCAAAAGGAGAAGGUGGACCUGUAGGGCCUCAAGGACCUAUUGGUCCAAAAGGUGAACCUGGCCUACAAGGUUUCCCAGGAAAGCCAGGUUUUCCUGGGGAAGUAGGACCCCCAGGUCUUAGAGGACUACCUGGUCCAAUGGGGCCAAAGGGAGAAGCUGGUCACAAAGGUUUGCCAGGCCUGCCUGGUGUUCCUGGGCAAUUAGGACCUAAAGGGGAACCUGGAAUCCCUGGUGAUCAAGGCCAACAAGGUCCAUCUGGAAUCCCAGGUAUCACAGGACCCAGUGGCCCAAUCGGACCACCUGGACUUCCAGGACCUAAAGGUGAACCAGGUGUACCUGGUCCACCAGGCUUUCCAGGAGUAGGGAAACCUGGUGUUUCAGGGCUGCAAGGACCACCAGGAAAACCUGGGGCACUUGGUCCACCUGGCCAGCCGGGUCUCCAGGGUCCUCCAGGGCCUCCAGGUCCACCUGGUCCUCCAGUAAUAAUCCCACCCACCCCACCAGCCAUUGGACAAUAUUUGCCAGAGAUGGGGCCUGGCAUUGAUGGAGUGAAGACUCCACCUGGCUAUAUGGGCAAGAAAGGCAAGAACGGUGGUGCUGUCUAUGAAAUGCCUGCAUUCACAGCAGAACUCACCACACCCUUCCCACGGGUCGGGGUGCCUGUGAAAUUCGACAAACUUCUCUACAAUGGCAGGCAGAACUAUAACCCACUGACUGGUAUCUUCACCUGUGAGAUCCCUGGGAUUUACUACUUUGCCUACCACGUUCACUGUAAAGGGGCCAGCGUCUGGGUAGCUUUAUACAAGAACAAUGAGCCACUGAUGUAUACAUAUGAUGAAUAUAAAAAAGGUUUCCUGGACCAAGCUUCUGGAAGCACCGUCAUUCAACUGAUGCCUGGAGACAAAGUUUAUAUUCAGAUGCCAUCUGAACAGGCAGCGGGACUCUAUGCUGGGCAAUAUGUUCACUCAUCUUUCUCAGGAUAUUUAUUGUAUCCUAUGUAAAAACAAAACAAAACAAAACAAAACAACCCCCCCAGACAAAAAUCACAACUCUUUUCCUCUGCUUCAAACUUUUAUACCAUUGAAAGAUGCAUUUACUGACAGUUUUAGAUCCCACUUGUACAACAAAUAAAACACAAAGUUUCACAUUAUG